AAAAUAAAAGCAACAAAGAACCAGGAAACUUGACAACAGAGAAGAAAAGAUAUCAAUAAGCAAGAAGAGCUAUGUGCUGCUGCUGCUGCGAUGAUGAUUGCGAGUGCAGGCCCUUAGGCUUUCUGCUGGGUCUGCCAUUUGCCUUUCUAUCUCUACUGCUGUCCCUCGUUGGGGUUGUCAUCUGGAUUGUCGGGUUGGUGCUGACAUGCAUAUGUCCAUGUUGCUUGUGUGCGACGGUCAUCGUCGAGUUUGCGCUGGGGCUGAUCAAGGUUCCCAUUAAGAUCAUGGAGUGGUUCACCUCUAAAAUCCCUUGCUAGAAUCCUAUUUCAUUGAUAUGGAGAGAAUUUCAUCAAAUUCAUUGAUUUCAUUUUCAUUGUACUUCAUCUUCAUAUAUACACUUUUCUCACGGCUUGUUGUGUUGUUUAUAUUUGAGUUCACACCAUAGGUCCCUUAUUGUUUUCCUUGGUUCUUGGCAUGUGUAGUUCAUUAUCAGCAUCUGAAUUUUAUUUGAUUUCGUUUUCUUGAUAAUUGAAGCAACUCAAAUGGUUUCUUUCCCAAAUUUGUUAAAGCUUUUCAAUGGCUACAUUAAAUGUUAUAGCGUUAU